AGUUGAUCCACCAUUUAGAUCAAGCACAGCGUUGGGCAUGUCCGUGUCGGCGCUGCGGGAAUGGGUUGCCUUCUACAGGCCUCCGUCGAGCUCACCGUCUGCUAGUGUAUCGCUGAGUGAAUGCGUCGCCAAUGUUGUGCGCAUGGUGUUUCCGAGCGAGCUGGAUCCGUCGACGCAUGCCUGGAAUUCGAUCUUGCACGUUCUGAACAACCAUGCAGCCGAGUUGAACCUUCUCCACCCACUACGAAGCGAUUUACUCGAUGAACAUUACGAUGGCACGUUGGUCUCGCAAGAUAUGCAAACGCCACCCAGCAAUGCGGAACUCGAGCUCGAGCGAACGCUGUCCGCGGUCUGUAUAGGAGCAUUCAAAGGCGCACAACAAGCAUCAUUUGUCAAUGAUGUGUUGAGUCUCAGCGAAAAUAUUCAACUUACACUAUUCACGUUGCUUCGCGAGGAUGACGACUGCGAAGCGAUCUCAGGGGACAGCAUCCCAACACACAACUCGACCAUCUGCGACGAUGACCCGCAAACACCAUCGACCCCAGUGCAGCCCACGAAGCAAGCGUCCUCUGCAUCGGCGACUCCCGGUUCUGCAUCGUCUUGUUCCAAGAACGAAAUAAAGCGCAUGGCGAGAGAAAACCUCAUGCUGAAGGAAGAAAACGCGAGGUUGCAAACCGAACUCCUUCAGGCAAAGGACGCCAUGGCCGAGCUCAAUCAGACAGAAGAGAGACGGAAGGACGAUUUCGACAACCUCAAGCUCGAACUUCGAGUGGAGGCCGCCAAGAACGAGCGCGCGAUGAAGAAACAGGUCGACGAGUACGUGGCGCACAUGCAGGACGAGUUGACCAAGGCCACAUCCAAGUUGCAAAGCCUCAGCAACAUCGAGGUCGAGCUGGCUGCGGCGCGGGACGAGCUCGACAUUUUGAAACCGGUGGCGGACAAGGCGGCAAGGCUCGAAGCUCGUGUAGAAAAGUACCAGGCGAAACUUGACGAAAUGACCCGGGUGAAGGAGUUGAAUCGGCGACUCGAAGACAAGACUGCCGAGCUGCUCGAGAAGACACACAGCCAAGAAGUGCAGCUGCAAAAACUGAUCAAUGUCCAGCGCAAACUCGAGGAAACCAAGGAAUCGAUGGCAAACAUGGCGGUGCGAUGCAGCGAGUUGGAUGUUCUUGUAAGUCGCCGCGACCACGAGAAGAUCGAAAUCGCAGCGGAGCUAGAUGCAGUUCGGCAAGAGCUGGCCUUGCAGGUGCGCCUGAAGCAGGACAUGCAGUCCGCGAUGGACCAGCUGCAGGACACCAUCGCACGCGGUGGAAGCUUGCCUGCCGUCGAGCUUCUUGUGGACGGAGACUUGCGCGACGAAGUCGAGGCCUUGCGACGCGAAAAUACCAAGCUUAAGGACCAGUUGUCCCUCGAGACCGCGACACACGUGGAUGCGCUGGGAGAAGACCUUGACAUCAUGGCUCGGGUCAAGAAAAGCUUUGAAAAUAAGUAUUUUGAUUCACAACGGGUCGUUGAACAGCUCGAGGCCGAGCUGGCAGCGACAAAACAACACCUGGAUGCGAGCAACGUCCAACAACGUGCGGUGUUCAUCAACCUGGAAGCCGCGAUCGCCAAAUGUGACGCAAUCCAAGCAGAGUUUUCCCAAGAAAAGGCUGCAUGGGCGAUACAAACGAAGGAAUGGCGAGGUCAGGAAGCCACACUCCAGGAGAAGUUGGCCAUCGAGGACGAGCGCAAUGCCGACCUCACACGGACCAUCGAGUCGCUCAAGGCUAUCGAGGUAGACCUGGCGCAAACCCUGGCUGAGCAACGUGCAGCUACUGCGUCGGUCGAAGCCGCGCGCGACGAACUCAACGUGGAAAUGUUGAAUGUCACUGUGAAUCUCGCCGACACUAUCUCCAAAUUGGGAGACCAGGAACAGCAUUGCGCCAAGAUUACAGCCGAGUUGGAAACAACCAAGGAGCUGUGGAUGGCCGAGUCGAAUGAGUUUGCCGAGUUCAAAGUCGCGGCACACAGCGACCGGUGCCAACUGGACGAGAUGACGGCCAAAGUAGGCGAGUUGGGUCGUGAAAUCCUCCGACUGCAGCAAGAACUCGACUUGACUGAGUCGCAGCGCAUGAUUUUGGAGCAUGUUCGAUUCGACAACGAAAAGUACAUAUCAAGUUUGCGAGCCCACGUGAACGACGUCGAGGAAAGCCUGCGCACGUUGGGAGAAGCAUGUCGCAUGGCGGAUGAAGAGAGCGCAGUGUUGCGCCGCGUCAAGGCUGAAGAGCGCGAGGAGUGGAACGCCCAGCAAAUAGCCUUGAAAAAGGACAUUCUAUCCUUGGAAGCGCAGCACGCAAAGGCUCGAUUGGCAUGGCUGCUAGAGUUGGAAGAAACCAGAAACGAGACAGACGUGCAGAGGCGCGUGGCGCAAGACGUCCACGACGCGCUGGACGCCAAGGUCAAGGCGCUGGAGGAGGAAGCAGCCCAAGCCACUGACGCGCACGAUCGCCACGUCGUCGAGUUGGAGAAGACGCGGCAAGCGCUGGAAGCCCAAAUUCUGCGUUUUCAAGCACGGGAGAAGCGUGGGGAAGAGAUCUUGGCGGCGUUGAAGGCAAAGUACCACGACGACGUCCAGGCAAAGGACGAUAUGAUUCAACUGCUCGACGUCCAAACGAGCCGCCUCGAAGCAAAGAAUCGAAUGCUGGAGAAGGAGCGAUCGCACUACCAUUCGCAUCAAGACUCGACGAAACGCCACAUGAGUGCCGAGUACGAGGCUGUGUCGCUCAAGAUGGAGAUGCAGCUCAUUGCGCUCAAAGCAGAGUUGGAAGCGCUGGGCAACGAGCACAAGGCUCUGCAGUCGAAACUGCAUCUUUGUACCUGCAACUACACAUGCGACCCAUCCAUGAAAGGGUACGUCGACAGCAUCAAGCACAUGGAGUUGCAGCAACAAGCCGAGAGCGAGCGCCGACGAGAGCUCAUCCUGUUGAACGCAAAGCUCGUUCAAGAACAGAAGCAGCUCGUGCUGUGCACAACGACCCAGGCCCAGGAGAUCCAAAAGCUCAAAGAUAUUACCAACAGACUUCGCCUACGCGAAGAACGCCGGUCGAAAGCGAUGGAGAAAGAAAAUGGCGCAGUAUUCGCGUCGCCCGGUGUGUUGUCGCCGACAUUGAAGCGCAAGCUGGACGACUCGACGAUGGAACGAGCAGUCGCAGCCCAGUCGACACCGGGAGCGAAGCGAAGUCGAACAACGUCGUCGCCGCAGUCGACCGCAGCGACCUCAACCACACCGCUAUCGAGGCAAAGCUCAGCAUUGCUCCAACCGUCCGCCUCCACAGAUGGGACGCCCCAAUGUUCGCAGCAGUAAUUGCAUCGAGUCAAACUAUAUACGAGUCCAAGCUGGCCUUUGUCGGGUGUCUAUCGCGCCGUUAUGCUUGGCGUACAAGCUGCUGCACGUGCUGCGGGUCAGGCAGUGUGGAGCACGCCCCAACUACUCGCACGCAGUGCGAGCCGACUGCACACCCCCACUUGAGUGCUUGCUCGACGUCGUUGGUUUUGACCCACUCGUGGAGGAACCCAGCAUUGAAUGCAUCGCCGGCGCCAGUCGCAUCGACGACGUUAUCGACGGGGAACCCUCGAAAGAACGCGUGGAAAUCGCCGCGCGUGGCGCAAACCCCUUCACGGCCGAUUUUGACAACGAUCAAGGUCGACGGUGCCACCGUUCGGAAGUACGCGACGGCGUCGUCGAGCGAGUCGCGUUUGGAGAUGCGCUGAGCCUCGACUUCGUUAGGCAAAAACACGUCGAGAAGAGGGAGGAUUUCGUCCAGGCCAUUCCAUUGCUCGGACCCGUCGUAGUUCGUGUCGAGGGACAGCGUAAUUCCUCGCACCUUGGCCGCCUUUAGAAGAUCCACGAGGCCGGGAAGGAGCCCCGUGACGCUGUAGAACCCUACACAGCACAACUCCAUGAAGAAGCGCUGUGAGGAAGCCACGUACCACCGAUGUGGAUGUGUGUCGCGCGGAAAAGCGCGUCCAGGUCGACGUGCGAUACUGCAAACACUCUGGUGGCUCCGUAGUGCGUCGCGAACGCACGGUCUCCUUGUCCUGUCAAGACAAUGCAAACACCCGUCGGGACAAUGAGAGGCAAGUGGGCUGCAUGCAGUUUCACGCGGCUCUUUUCGAGAUGGGCCUUGAGCAUGUCGCCGAAUGCGUCGGCACCGACCGCACUAAAGAACGUGACCUCGUCGUCGCCGCGGAGGUUGGCGAGUUGCGUCGCCGUGUUCAGUGCAGAUCCACCAGGCUGCAUUUGGAUGGGUUCUUUGCAUGGAGAGUCUCGUCCCCAUGCAGGUAGCGUCUCGACGCCGGCCAGGACGUCCACGAACGAGUCGCCGAUCACCGCAAUCAUGUCGGGUUCAAGCCUGGUGUCCUUG